GUCACUCAUAUUGACGUUUCACAGUGUACAAUUUUCUGGGAGACGGCCAGUGUGUCCUUUUUCCCCGUGAUUUCUGGGCUGAUUCUGGGCAGAGAGCCGCUAGGUAUUCGUUUGUGUAGCACCGGGAGACAGUGAAAGAUGAAUAUAUUCAGAUUAGCUGGUGACUUGUCACACUUGCUGGCCAUAAUAGUGCUGCUGCUGAAGAUAUGGAAGACACGCUCGUGCGCUGGCAUUUCCGGAAAGUCUCAGAUCCUGUUCACUGUGGUCUACGUGGCCAGAUACUUGGAUCUCUUCACCACCUACAUCAGCCUGUACAACACUGUGAUGAAGGUCUUCUUCCUCGUGGCCUCGGGCGCCACAGUGUACUUAAUGUAUGUGAAGUUCCGCGCCACGUACGACCACAACCACGACUCGUUCCGGAUUGAGUUCCUGCUCAUCCCGGCCGCCAUCCUCUCGCUGCUCAUCAACCACAGCUUCACCGUGCUGGAGGUGCUCUGGACCUUCUCCAUCUACCUGGAGUCCGUGGCCAUCCUGCCACAGCUCUUCCUCGUGAGCAAGACGGGCGAGGCCGAGACCAUCACGAGCCACUACCUCUUCGCGCUGGGCUCCUAUCGGGCGCUCUAUCUCAUCAACUGGGUCUACCGCUACGCCACCGAGGGCCACUACGACUGGAUCGCCAUCAUUGCCGGCGCCGUGCAGACCAUCCUCUACUGCGAUUUCUUCUACUUGUACAUUACCAAAGUCCUAAAAGGCAAGAAACUUCAACUUCCUGCAUAGAUUUGUGACAUUCAUCACCACCGAAGGGUCAUUCUGACGAAGUUAUAGAAUUCCUCGAGAAGCAGCGCAAAUGAUUAAUCGUAUUACAACUUCUAUUUGCCAGCAUUAAAUUUUUUUGUCACAUGAAUGAGAAGAUCGUAUUUAAGAAGGUGCAAAGCGAGGAAUGAUAAGAAAUAUGAACUAAUAAAAUAGUGGACGCCACGUGAGAAGAGCUAAUAAAA